AUGUCGGACCAAGAGUGCUACAAGUGCCACCAAACCGGACACAUUUCGCGUAACUGCCCAAAUCGUGGUGAAAACGACGGCGGACACCGAGGAGGAGGCGGAGGUGGAGUGGUGUUGAUUUGAGGGGUGUUGUUGAAAGUUAGGUAAAUACAUUUUCCUCUACAAUUCUAACACGAAUAACAUGUUGAGAUUUAUCUGUUCAUGGUGGUGUUCUGGAGAUUUGGAGUUGAGGAGAUGUGUUAAUUGAGCGGAGAAAAGGGGCCUUUUGAAUUUGUAAAUAGUAGCUUUACUUUUGAAAUAUUGAUGACGCAAUUCAUAUAUUAAAUUUUAGCUUGCUUCAACUGUGGGGAACAUGGACACAUCUCUCGUGAAUGCCCAAGCAAACGCAGCGGAGGUGGUGGCGGUGGAAGACAAGGAGGCAGCAAAUGCUACCAAUGCAACGGCUACGGUCACUUUGCUCGUGAAUGCCCAUCGGCUCGCAACGAGAACAACGGCGGAGGUGGUGGAAGACGUUUCGGUGGAAAUGGCGGAGGUCAAAAAUGCUACAACUGCGGAAACCACGGACACAUCUCGCGUGAAUGCACAGAAAGCGGAUCGGUUGACGAGAAGAGAUGCUACAACUGUCAAGAGACCGGACACAUCUCUCGCGAAUGCCCAACCCAAAAUUAA